AUGAUCCCAACCAGAUGGAAUGGAGCCAAGGUGGCGUUAUUGGCGUGUGGCUCCUUCAACCCACCGACGUUUAUGCAUUUGCGAAUGUUUGAAAGGGCUCGUGACCUUCUCCAGCAGGAAUAUAAAUGCACUGUGGUUGAGGGAAUCAUCAGCCCAGUGGGAGACAGAUAUGGCAAAUCGGAGUUGAUCAGUUCAUCUCACCGCCUAAGAAUGUGCGAGUUGGCUGUAAGGAGUUCCGAAUGGAUACGGGCUGAUGGUUGGGAAUGUAGUCAAACAAGUUGGACUCGAACUCGAGUGGUCCUUGAACACCAUCGAAGCGUUCUGCAAGCCAAACAUGGGACUGAUAUUCAACUAAUAUUGCUUUGCGGAGAAGAUUUCGUUGAUUCUUUCGCUGUUGUUUUGGCUUCAGGUACUGUCUUUACUUACAUAUGCUAAAAAUUUUGAAAGUUUAUCAAGGCACGCCUUUUUAGGGGAAAAUCUAUGGAAAAGCGAAGAUUUAUCCCAUAUUUUUACUCAAUAUGGCGUGGUUUGUCUUCAGCGAGUCGGAGGAGAUGCCAGGAAGACUCUGGAAGGCUUGGCAGUCCCCAAGGAACACGUCUCUAAUGUGAUUUUCGUCCAGGACGAGACUUUCCCCAACAGUUUGAGCAGCACGCGGUUAAGGAAUGCGAUUCGGAAUGGCCUGUCGAUACGUUACUGUUCGGUAGAUGAGGUGGUUGAAUAUGUCAAAGAAUUUAGUCUCUAUAAGUAG